GUUUAUAAACCUUUACCUUAUCACUGGAGUACAUAUCAAAGCAAAGGACUAUUGAGCGAAUAUUUUUGAAAGUAAACGAACGUAAAUACCGGGGAAAAGUUACCAUCAAAGCGAAAAGUCAACCGAUAUGGAUGAAACAGUGUGCUAUAUAAAAGCUCAAUAUUUGGUUGCCAAACCAGCUAAGGAGUCCAUAGAAAAAGAAGGGGUCAACGUAUCGCACGAUAAUUCUGAGCAAUCCAAUCAGGACGGACCUCCUUCGAAAAAACCCCGGUUCGAAAAGGGAAAGAAAAAACGUGGUCAGAACAAAAACCGCCAACUCCCGUUUAAAGAACACGAUGAUGUCCGGCUAUGUAAAAGUUUGCUGAAUGGAACAAAUAGUACAGAGACAGAGGGAAAAUGUGCUAAUCCGUCGUGCCGUUUUUCGCACGAUUUAAAAAAAUUUAUUCAACUUAAACCGAAAGACAUCAGCGAUAGUUGCUAUAUUUACUCGGUGAAGGGAUACUGUAACUUUGGAGUUACGUGUCGAUUUGCAGGUGCGCAUUUAGAUGAGAAUUUGAACAAUAAAAUUGCGGAUGGUGUCGAAAGGAGCGAUACGAAUCUAGUGAGUAGAUGUCUGGGAUUUGAAUUACAAAGUAUUUUGCGGAAAAAAAGUUAUAACUUUGAAAAAUCUACUAGUAUCGUGGAAAAACUUGAAGCGUCACAAAAGGCAGCAAAAGAAAAACUAAAGAAUGGCGAUGAAUCAACGACUCAGCGCAGUGGAUUUUGUUCCGAUGAAGAUUUAAUUAAAGUACGCAAGGAAGAGCGAAAGAGAAUUGACUUUACAGACAAGCUCUAUCUGAGUCCGCUAACAACAGUUGGUAAUCUGCCUUUUAGAAGAAUUUGUAAGGAAUAUGGCGUGGAUAUAACUUGUGGCGAAAUGGCUUGUGCAGUGCCCAUAAUAAAUGGUUUACAACAAGAAUGGGCUUUGACAAAAAGACACCAGUCGGAAGAUUUAUUCGGCGUUCAGCUUUGUGGCCGCAGUCCAAAACUAGUAACGUAUGCCGCACAGGUAAUCACAGAGACUGCUGAUGUGGACUUCAUCGAUAUCAAUCUCGGAUGUCCAAUCGAUUUGAUUUUUAAAGAAGGUGGAGGCAGCGCCUUACUUCGCCGACAGCCGGUGCUAGAAGUGAUGGUACAAAGUUGUUCCCAAAUGCUGUCCGAUUAUGGUAAAGAGUUAACCGUAAAAACGCGGGUCGGUAUUUAUAACAACAAAAACGUUGCACACGAGUUAAUUCCAAAAUUCGAGGAAUGGGGUGCAAGUCUAGUUACGGUGCAUGGUAGAUCCAAGGAACAACGUUACACCAAACAAGCGGAUUGGGAUUAUGUUCAGAAAUGUGCCCAGCAAGCUAAAACAAUGCCCGUUUUUGGCAACGGGGAUAUAUUAAGCUACGAAGAUUACAACAAUGCUAGAUUGCGAGCGGCGGAUGUCAAAGGCGUUAUGAUUGGUAGGGGAGCACUUAUUAAACCUUGGGUGUUUCAAGAAAUCAAAGAACAAAAAAUACUUGACCUUUCAAGUAGCGAACGGUUAGAAAUGUUAAAACGGUAUGUUAACUAUGGAUUAGAACAUUGGGGCAGCGAUACAAAAGGCGUUGAAAAUACUAGAAGGUUUUUGCUUGAAUGGCAAUCAUUUUUGUACCGAUAUGUUCCCUACGGCCUGCUGGAACGACCUCCACAAAAAAUAAACCAACGACCGCAGGCCUUUCAAGGUCGAGAUGAUCUUGAAACGCUGAUGGCAUCUCCGAAUUGUGCCGACUGGGUAAAGCUCAGUGAAAUGCUUCUCGGUCCAGUUCCUGAAGGUUUUAACUUUGUUCCCAAGCACAAAGCCAAUGCCUACUGAGAUUGUCAUCGGUAUCAUCAAAUUGUUAAUAGCAAAUAAAAGUUUAUUUUUGUUUAUGACUAAACAAAUUAUGAUCCUGUUUUAGAAUCAAUUUUAAGCUUGAUUUAUGAAUAACUAUAAUUUUCUGAACUGUACUUUAAACUUCUUGUGUUUUGAU